AUGUCUCGGCAAAUUGGCAAGAGCCAUUACUAUAAGGGCGUAAAUUUGAAUGACGAGCUCUUGAACGUGUUUCGGGUUGCGGUGAUUGAAGAGGUUUUACGAGCGGCUGAAGCUAACUGCAAUAAGGAGCAGCAACUUAGCCCAUUGGGUGCUGUCGAGACGGGAAUUCUUGGUGGUACAAUGUUACUAAAGGAAGUGAGCAACCCGUACGCUGCGCUAAAUUGCCUGGCGCGAAUCGGAUGGGAAAAAUUGGCCGGCGAGAUUUGUCGCAACGUGGCAAGGGGCUACAAUGACGAGAUGUUGGUCUGCGGUCCACAGGGAGCACAAACAAUGCCCUCUAACGCAACGCACCCACAUUUGGAAUUGAACAAUGGCGAUUCAGAC